AUUCGUGCAUUUCUUGUUGCGUCGUGCGAAGUGAAAAUUUGUCUACCGUAAUUUCACAAUAUAAAAAAAGAACGUUUGUGUCAAUUUCUAAGCAUAUUUAUUGCUUGAAAAAGUUUUUUAUUUAAUUGUAGUGAAUAGAUGAAGAUGAUUUCUGUGGCGGGCCUAAAAGAUAAGUGCAACUAGGAAGUUAUAAAAUUGUACCAUCUCGAACCUUUCUAUUUUCGACAACAUUUUAUUGAUAAGUAUUGGAAAAAUCAUCAACAAUGUCGUCCGAAGAAAUUUUGUCGUUAUAUGAUAGCAGCCCGGAUUCUCUGCUAGAUAUAUGCAUGGAUUUCAUUGUUGCGAACAUAAACACAAUAACUAUAUUUCAGUUACCAAUAUUCAGACGUAAACUGAAAGAUGAUGUUAUAUUACCCUCCGAAAUUUGUGAAAAGUUCUUGGAAUCCUAUCAAAAAGUAAAUCGAGUUAACGAUAAUAUUGCUAAUAUUUUCCGCGAUCGCAGCCGUACUAGAUUAAACACAGUGAAGUUAAGAAAUUCGCGUAUAACAGAUGAUGGCCUGAAAUGUCUCUUGGAACAUAAGCCAUACGAGGUGGAGCUGGUCCAAUGCGAAUAUCUCGCACAUGGUGCUCUAGAUAUUAUUAACAGCAACAGUGAGAAUUUAGUAUCUCUGAAGUUUGGGCCAAUGACAUACAUAUUCUCACAAGAUGAAAAUUUGUUCAAACAACGUGGGUUCAUUAUAGAUGCACCCAAUUUAAGGAGGCUUACUAUUCAUUGCCGUGGGCUUCCUAUAUUUCCUUUGUUACUGCUGAAACCCUUGACACAACUCACACUCUUGGAUUUGUCAGAAUGCUCUUCACCUGGUUCUAUUUGGGCAUUGAGUGAAUUGAAGAACUUAAAAUCUUUAAUUUUAUAUGGUGUCCAUUGGGCAAAAGAUGUUAUUGAUUGGAUAGUAACUUUGGAGUCAUUGAGACAUCUUGACAUAUCACAGUCUCUGGAAAGACUUGGAAAAUAUUUCAAUCCCAAUGAUGUAUUAUCCAAAAUUGUAACUAGAUUGCCAAUGUUAGAGUCUCUUGAUAUAUCUGGAACUAACUUAGCUGGUUCUGGGGCAGCAGCAAUAUUGAUGAACAAGGCAGACCCUCAAGUACGAUGUGAUAUUCCUGGGCUGGUUAGCCGAGUAGACAGACCAUUAGAGUUUUUGGGAUUAUAUGGAACACAUCAUGGUGCAUGCAAAAGGCAUGAUAUACCUGCUAAAGUGAUCUCGGGUGAUGCUAAUGAAGAGCAGAUUCUGACUGCUGCUGUGGUUUAUAUGGAGAGACCAGCAAUGUUGACACGCGUUCUAAAUGAUCUCUAUUACCUGUUCCGGUAUGAAAACAACGCAUAUGUUGGCAGAGCUCUCUCUGUAGUCCUUGAUGCCAUGGAUCAACAUGUUUCAGAGAAGCACAUACAGAUAUCAGGAAGCGCCACUCUGUUUUACAUAGUGAAAGGAAAAGAAAAAGAUCGUAUUGGCAUUAAACUGAAGCGGCGCAUUAUCACUGCUCUUCUCGAUGGGAUGGAAGCUCAUCUCGGGGAUGACACUAUGAUGAGAAACGGAUGCUUGACUUUGUGCCAAUUUAAAAUUCCCACGGAUGUAUUAUUUGAAUAUGAACGCGUUGUUCAAAUAUUAUUAAAUGGAGUGUCUGAUGUUAACCAAGAGGGAUUCGUACAGCGUAUCGCUAUAUAUCUGCUGAAUUCGCUUGCUUGCCAAGUAGAUGGAAGACAAAAACGUUUCCUUGGCGACCAUGGAGCCAUCGGGAAAAUGCUUAAUCUGAUCUCCGAUCGUCUUGAAAGACGUGUGUGCGAUGAUGUGCUGGAAGUAGCCUGGUCCACAAUGUGGAAUGUCACAGAUGAAACGCCGCGAAAUUGCCAGAGAUUCCUGGAGAAUCAUGGGAUGGAGUUCUUUUUAGCUUGCUUGAAGAUUUUUCCCGACAAAGAGGAGUUGUUACGUAACAUGAUGGGUUUGCUGGGCAACGUUGCGGAAGUAGCAGAAUUGCGCCCCCAGCUUAUGAAUAAACUGUUUCUCACAGUGUUUUAUGAUUUGCUAGACUCAUCUAGCGAUGGUAUUGAGGUGAGCUAUAACGCUGCGGGCGUGCUGGCGCACAUGGCGUCGGACGGUCCGGACGCGUGGACCGUGGAGGAGCCCGCCCGCGAGGCGGUGUUGGCGCGCGUCGCCGCCGCGGUCGAGCGGUGGGACCUGCGCGCCGAGAGGAACAUCAACUACCGCUCCUUCGAGCCCAUACUCAGUCUGCUCCACGCACAUCACACGCCGCAGUGCCAACACUGGGCCGUGUGGGCACUCGCGAACCUCACCACCGUUUACCCCGAAAAAUACUGCAGUUUGGUAGAAGCUGAGGGCGGUCUGCUACUCCUCAACGACUUACUGUUCCACCCGGCGCCAUACAAAAUGAUCAAGGAUCUCGCGGGCACAGUGAUUGCUAAUUGUGUACGCUUCCUGAUGCACAACGCUGGCACUUCGAGCCCGAAUCCGAACGCCCUAUCACCGGACAAUUAACUAACGGAGUACUUUGAGGAUAUCUAUCCUCUGAUGCGCGAAUAGCUAAAGAUUUUCAGACUCUUCAUAUAUUGGUUGUUGUUUUUAUGUGUCGCUAUUGGUACCGCAGCAUUAUAUGUUUCCUCGCUGUAAACAACCAAUUGUCGAGUCUGCAUAUGCUCUCGCGCAUCCUCGGACUGUAAAACCUUCUUAUAAGUGGAAGGUGUGUUAGUACAAUAAGUGUAUUCUAUUGGUGAAAUGUGAUGUUCUAUGUUUCAUUCUACGUACGUCACGGUUCGUGGUUUUUCACUCUUCGUCGAGCUUAUAAAUUUCUGAAGAUUAUGUCCUCAUUGAUACGUUGUCUUUAAUUGUAUUAUAUUAAUCGAUAUAAAUGUUAGCAUAUGAAAUGGCAUAAAAUUUAAAACAAUCGAUAUUAUUAAUAUAUUACAGAAGAAAUUAUUAUAAUGUUAGCUUUACGUAAUAUAAUUUGCAUGACUCGUUAUAAUAUGAUCUGUAUGAUAACAAUAAAGCCUAUUUCGAUUAUAUAUUACUUUCCUUCGCAAUCAUAAUUUAUUUUAGAGCUAAUAGAAAACAUUGUUAGACUAUACUAAUAAUAUAAAUCACCGUGUUGUAUAAUUUUCUAAUCUAUAAUUGGUUUGCAGCUUUUUGUGGAAAUCUAAAUUAUGUAUCAUUGUUCAUUAAUUUUUGAAUGUGUAUAUAUAUUAGUCGUAAUAGAGGUUAAUAGUUUAUAUUUAAUUAUUCAAUUUAAGAUAGUUAAAAGAAUGUUAGAUACAGUGUUUACAUAACUUUUAAAAUUAAUUACGAGUUCAUUGAAAAAUAAGUGUACCUACUCAAUUAAAAACAAAAAAUUGUUCAUAUCAU